CUAGCUAUUGUGGUUUUUUAUAACCUAGAUGGGCGUGUCACGCCCAUCUUUAUCUUACCAGAUAUUAUUAUUUUGCUGACACAUUGAUUAUAGAAAGUCUAACUGUGGACCCCACAUGUUAAAUUCUGUAUCUACGGAUCAGAAGUGCACUGAGGUUCUACUGUAGCUGCAAUGGAAGAGGCGUCGUCCACAGUACCCUCCCUGCUCAAGAUCCUGCUCAUCGGGGACAUGGACUCUGACAAGCGACGACUGCUGCAGACCUACAUGGGAGGACAGGAAUUCACUGACAACGAUACACUCGGGCUGGACUAUAAGUUGAAGGAUGUUAUGUACGGCACAAAAAGAAUAGAGCUAGAGCUAUGGGACACAGCUGGUCAGGAGAGGUUCCGCUCAGUAACUGCCUCCUACUAUCGUGACGCUCACGGAGCUCUACUCGUGUUCUCCCUGGCCAAGGAGACAACGUUUGUAAGCCUCAACUAUUGGCUAGGUGAAAUCGAAGAUAAUGCUCCAGUCAAGUUCCAAGUUAUCCUGGUAGCAACAGGUUAUGACGAUGAUAGCCCGCAGGUCCGACUGGACAUUGCAGAACAGUUUGCUCAAGAGAAGAAUCUCAAACUGGUAAAGUGUAAUGUCACAGAUCCGGCCAGUGUGGAGAGUACCUUCAGUGCUAUUAUUGAGACGAUAAUGAGCUCCUGGGAGGGCUCACAGUCAGUGUCAGAAAGUAUCAGGAUACGGGUUAGCUCUACUCCAACUAAAAGAGAACACAAGUGUUGCUAAAAUGUUUUUUUUAAUGUUGUUCUGUUUCACUUCAAUGUGAUUUGUAUGAUCGAAUUCUUUGCACUGUUAUUGUCUGCUGCGUGUGUCCAUUAUCAUAAUUAUUAAUCACAUGAUAUAUGAUUAUGAUGUAAUUCACUUAUUUUUGUUCGCAUGCAUCCAAUGAUUACAUUUCUUCACUUUGUAUGAA